AUGCUAGCUCAGCAGACUGCUGGACUCCCCUUGACCGUGACCAAGGGACAAAAGAUACUGGGAAUCAGGAGAGCGAUUUUAAACCUGGAGAGGGCGGUGUUUUAUUUCAUCUGGGGCUCCAAGUGGGAGCGGGAGCGGGAACCAGUGAGUUCGGUGCGCGGGCUCGCAAUCGGCGAGCCCUCACAGGUGUGGCGCAACGUGAACCAUCCUGCUCUGCCAAACAGACUCCGGGACCUGUCCUGGAUGGUGGCUCAUGAGGUCCUCCCAGUCAGGUCCGUCAUGCACUCCCGGGGCCUCUUACAGUCCGCGACCUGUCCCCGGCCGGGUUGUGGCGCGCCCAAGUCGGUGAGACACUUGCUCUGGGAGUGCAGCGCCGCCGUCGACCAGUGGGCAAUAGCCGGCUCCUUGCAAUUCCCGUACCUACCAGCAGGGGAGGUCCUCACAGCACAGCUGAUGCUGUACGGGGUGGGCCUAAGUCCGAAUUCAAAAAAGGACUUCACAAGAAUCUGGCUCACCCUCGCCGCCACCAAAGACGCCAUAUGGACCUCCAGAAACCUGCUGGUAGGAAGGCACAUGCAGAUUCCCCCCGUGGCUAUGAUCCGGAUGGCAGCGGCCACAGUCAGAGAGGCUGUGGCUGCAGGCGGCGGGCCCUAG